GAGCCUCGGAGCCAGCCGGUCACCAGCCCUGUUGCUCCAGCACAGUUUUCUGUUAGACUCCAUUCACUCCUGUCGAUUGAGAUUAUGAGGUGAUCUCUGCUUCCAGGAGCUGAAACGAUGGAUUUGAACUUCUCGACAGUUCUCGACAGUGGUAUAUCAGAGAAGGACUCGUCCACGCGCGUUCUGACCGGCUGCUUCCUGUCGCUGCUCAUCCUCUCCACCCUUCUCGGGAACACGCUGGUCUGCGCUGCUGUCACCAAGUUCCGCCACCUCCGCUCCAAGGUCACCAACUUCUUCGUCAUCUCGCUGGCCGUCUCCGACCUGCUGGUGGCCAUCCUGGUGAUGCCCUGGAAGGCCGUGACGGAGAUCGCCGGCUUCUGGCCUUUCGGCUCCUUCUGCAACGUCUGGGUGGCGUUCGACAUCAUGUGCUCCACGGCGUCCAUCUUGAACCUGUGCAUCAUCAGCGUGGACAGGUACUGGGCCAUAUCCAGCCCGUUCCGCUAUGAGAGGAAGAUGACGCCCAAGGUGGCGUUUGUGAUGAUCAGCGUGGCCUGGACCCUGUCCGUGCUCAUCUCCUUCAUCCCUGUGCAGCUGAACUGGCAUAAAGCUCAGACCACCGGCUACUCUGACGGAAACAGCACUUAUGGGGAUCCACUAACGGACAACUGUGACUCCAGCCUCAACAGGACUUAUGCCAUCUCAUCCUCUCUCAUUAGCUUUUACAUUCCUGUGGCCAUCAUGAUAGUCACGUACACUCGGAUAUACAGAAUAGCCCAGAAACAAAUCAGGCGGAUUUCCGCCCUGGAGAGAGCUGCGGAGAGUGCCAAGAACCGGCACAACAGCAUGGGGAACAGCUCCAACAUGGAAUCGGAGAGCUCCUUCAAGAUGUCCUUCAAAAGAGAAACCAAAGUCUUAAAAACCCUGUCUGUAAUAAUGGGGGUGUUUGUGUGCUGCUGGCUGCCCUUCUUUAUCCUUAACUGCAUGGUACCCUUCUGUGAGCAGACUCUGGCUGACGGGAACGCAGACUUCCCAUGCAUCAGCUCCACCACCUUUGAUGUCUUUGUGUGGUUCGGCUGGGCUAACUCCUCGCUCAACCCCAUCAUAUAUGCCUUCAAUGCAGACUUCCGCAAAGCCUUCUCCAUCCUCUUGGGCUGUCACAGACUCUGCCCUGGAAGCAAUGCCAUAGAGAUAGUGAGCAUCAACAACAAUGGAGCCCCGCCUCAGUCGUUCCACUAUCAGCCCAAAGGGUUCAUCCCCAAAGAGGGGAACGUUUCCUACAUGAUUCCUCACACCAUCCUCAGCCAGGAGGAGGAAACACAAAAGAAGGAGGAGGACAUUGGGAUUAAGACUCUAGAGAAGCUGUCUCCUGCCGUGUCAGGCAACCUGGACAGCGAGGCUGACCUGUCUUUGGAGAAGAUAAACCCCAUUACCCAAAAUGGGCAACACACAACAUAA